CAACGGCACCACAACAAAUUAUAUAUAGCAUUUUUGUUUUUUAUUUAAACAGUUAAUUUUUAGAAUCAUAAAUAUUAAUUUUAAUUUUAAUUUAUUUAAUAAAAAUGGAUCGCUGGGCUGGAAAAGUUGCUAUAGUCACUGGUGCUUCUGCAGGCAUAGGAUUAGCAACAGUUGAGGCCUUAGUUCGAGAAGGAAUGACUGUGGUAGGAUUGGCUCGAAGAAAGCAAAAAAUGGAGGAUCAUAUGAAAACGUUUAAAGGGAAAAGAAAAUUCUAUGCCCUCGAAUGUGACAUUUCAAAGGAAGAAAAUGUUACUCAGACAUUUCAAUGGGUAAAGAAAAAUUUAGGUAGUGUCCACGUUCUUGUGAACAACGCUGGGGUUCUAUUGUCCGGAAAAAUUAUAGAUACAAACAAAGAAGUCUGGGAUAAAGUCGUUGGUGUGAAUAUUAUGGGAUUAUUAUGUUGUACUCAGCAAGCAUUGAAAAUGAUGAAAGAGUCUGGCGAAGAAGGUCACAUAAUAAAUAUCAAUAGUAUCGUUGGGCAUAGAAUAAUAAGAAAUUCGAGUAUGAGCUCGAAUAUUUAUUCUGCAACGAAACAUGCAGUUACUGCAAUAACGUCAACUUUAGAAGUGGAGUUACUUGGAAGUAAAAUAAGAUCAACGAGCAUCAGCCCAGGAUUAGUGCAAACUGACAUUUUUUCAGCAAAUUUAAAAAAUGCGGAUUUCUUGGGGAAGAUCGAGAAUUUACCUGCUCUAAAAUCUGAGGAUGUAGCAGACGCAAUACUUUAUGUUUUGGGAACUCCAACACGUGUUCAAAUUACUGAAUUGACAAUCAGACCACUCGGUGAACAAUUCUAAAUAUAAUAUAAAAACAACUUUACACCUAUGAGAGCAAUAAUGUUAAUAUAAAAAAAAAUUUGUUUCAAAGUACAUCCUAAAGAUUUUUACUGGCAAGAGUCAAACUGAAUUUUGUAAGC